AUGCAAAAUCAAAGACGUUCACGAUCAAUAGGCGAUUUAAAUAAAAUAUAUCGAUAUAAUGAACGAAUUUCUCGUUCUCGAAAACGUAUUCUGUCCAUGAUCUACAAUGAACAGGAUAGAGGUACAACGAUCAGCAAGAAUCAAAGCAUUCGAAUCGAGAAUCUACGAGUGCGAAUGAGUAGAAUGACACUGAGACGACAUAAUGAAAUUAUGAGAGUUUAUUCAAAUUUGACCCUAAAUAGGCACAUCCCACGAACGCCUAAACGUCGACAACGGCCAGUGACAGCUCCUCAACUACGAUCAUCAUCACGAAAUCGAUCAGGCACACCAGCUUCACCAUUAUUAUUACGGAAACCGAAACCAUCUCCUCGACCUCCAUCUCCUCGUCUACCUGUCAAAGUCACCAAUAUUGUCAUCAAAGAUGAUGAAGCCAUCAUUGAGAUGCAACCCACAUCACAUGAACCUGAUCAUGACAAGAAAGAUGAAAUCGAAGAGGACGAUAUCAUCUAUCCAGAAGGUAUUGAUGAUUAUCGUCCUUACAUAAUUAUCGCUCGUUAUCGACGUGCUGUGCAAAAAUCAACUAGCAUUGAACGAAAAAAAGUGAACUUUCGUCAUGAACCUCUACAUGUUGGUGAAAAAGAAACAGAAACACUUAUACUCGGUCUAGACAGUUUGGCAGAAGAACAUGGUUGUGAACUAAUAUUUACUGAUGAUGAUCAUCAAUUUGACAAUAGUAUCUAUCGUGCAGCAUGUGGUGUAGUCGAUUUAGGUAGUAUUCAUCUAUUGGCUACAGAUUCUUUAUUGACAGCUAAUUUCGAGUUCGAAAUUGAUCUGGACUAUGAUAAGGAUAUUGUUCGAUCAAAAGAAAAGAUCGAAGAGUUUGUUAUGGAUUUUUGUAAAUCGAUCUCGACAGUGUUGUCAUGUGAUACAAACAAUAUUCGUAUAUUUUCAAUCAAUCGAAUGGAUAAAGAAACAAGAGAAUGUAAAGUGAAGUUUGGCUUGACAUCACCAGAGCCGAAAAGAACUGAACAACUUGCUCAAGAUUUACAGACUUAUGCUCGUUCUGGCUUUUCAAGCGACAAAGUUCUUCGACAUGUUAUACCAGGAGAAUAUGAAUAUACAUGGAAACCAGCACUCAAAUUCUUGAAGUUACAACCAAGUGAUCUCGCACCAGAACACAAUUUCGACUACAGAGAACCUGGUGUAAUAAAAGAAGACACACGUGGAGGUUAUCCUUAUUACUUGCCAAUUGGUUGGUAUCGUCAUGCUCUUCGAGUCCUCGAUAAAUAUGAAAAAGAUCCCACGUGGAUUGGUUGUAUAAAUGCAAAAGGUGAAUGGGCUGUUGCUUAUCAUGGAACGAAUGCUAAUGCAGUGACUGGCAUUGUAAAACAUGGCCUACUAAUCAGUGCUGUCAAGCGUGAUGUGAUGCUCGACGAAGCCAUUGAACAAGGAGGAGAAGACGCCGAUCAUCCUGGAGUGUAUGUGGCAACGCAUUGUGAAGGCGGGGCAUAUCCUCAAUAUACUGUGCCAUUCACUGUGACAGUAUCUCCAUCCAAAUCCGAACGAUUUAAUUUGGUAUUUCAAUGUCGUGUGAAACCUGAGAAGUUCACUAUUCACGAAGCUCCUGUUACAGAAGUCUAUUAUUAUGAUAAUGAGUUGCGUCAUUAUUCUCUUUUCUUCUCAAUUGUACCUCAACUUUUCUAUCCUUCUAUUUCAAUUGCUGAUAAAAUUUUAUUGUUCAUUGAUUGUUCAUCAUUUAUUCGUUCAAUUGCCUCCUUUGAAUUUGAUCAUGAUUGUAGUAUAUCAGUACCACCUAGUAAUCAAGGACUGUUCUUUGCACAAUAA